GCUGGGCGGUAAUGGCGGCGGUGGCACGGGGGCAGCCGGCCCUGAGGGAGCGGCCCGGGGGGUGGGGCGGCGCGGCCCCGGAGCUGUUGGAUCCCCGGCUUUUCUUUGCCUGUCGCUGUGUGAAUACGUGUUGGAAGGAGCUCGAGGGGUCCCUGGGAGCGGGUUCUCUCCUUGUUAGGCGGCAGUGGUGGCUCUGGGCCUUUUGGAGUGUCCCUAGGAGCCUUGGGGUUGGUUAACCCGUCUCAAGGGAAGGUUCAGAGUGUGCCCCUCUAUGAAGAGAGCGGACUCAGUGAAAGAGAAAAAGGACCUGCAGACGGCUUGUGAGGGUGGGGAACCCUUCAUUCCCCAUCUGUGAGCACGACUCUCUCACUAAUACUGGGUCUGGGUUAGCAUUUAGCACACGGGAUGUAAAGAUCUAUCAAGAGGCCGUUUAUUUUCCUGCUGAAUUUGCUGGGGUCUCAAGCUGCCCGCUCCUAGGGGGCCUCAUAGCAGGCAGGGUUUUUUGGAACCUCCCUUUGGGGUAGCACAGGGCUUUGUGAGCCCUCUUUGAGAGGUUACUGUGAUCCUCCAGGGCUCUGCUCAGUGCCCCUUUCUCUGCACAGGGCUGUGUUUCAGCCCUGAGGCUUCUGCCUUCUGGAAAUGAUUCCUCCUUUCUGCCUGCUGGAAGCUCUGCUUUCUUAUAUUCUCUUCGGUGUUCAUCCAUUCUUGGUCAGGCCCUGGUUUCGUUCCUGUGGUUUCUCAUGUUGCUGAGUUAAACCCAGAGGGGAUUCCUCCAGCACUGGCCUUGCUAUUAGCAAGCUUGGGCUGUGGGAUUUGCUAUUUGUUCCUUAAACUGAGCCUUCUUUGACUGCGAUUCAUACAGAAAGAAAAUGUAGAAUCUACCUGUUUGUUUUACUUAGUAAUAAAGCCUAAAAAUAGUUGAGGGUUUUCUUAAAAUGUGCUUAUUUAAUCCUACUUGUCCACUCAGUCAGCCCAAGCCAACAAGUCUGGGCGGUUCCUCCUAGCCUGGGUGCGGGACUGUGCUGCUGGGCUCCUGCUUUUUUGGGGGAAUGCUGACAGCUGAGGUUUGUGCUCCAUCCCCACCCCCAGAUAAUUGGCACAGGUUGCACUGCCGGGCACUGCAUGAGAGCAUCCCUGCAGCCCAUGUUAGGAAGGCAGCUGAGCGUGGUGUGGCUGCUUGAGCAAGGUGAGGGUAGCUGAAGGCUGAGCAGCCUCUGACGAAGCUGCCAAUUAAAAACUGGAUAUUCUGCUCGCCUGCAGAGAGGUGUGUAGGCUGCUGGAAGCGCGCUUCCUCGUCAGGUAUCUGUGGGAUACGCUUGCUCUGGGUGAGUGACAACGCAUGGUGCAGUCCAACCGAGGGAUUGUACACAGGUAAAAGCAAUUCCUAAAUCUGAGUGUAAUGGGAGAGCUGUGUGUUGUGAUUUCACACUGUGCUUUUGUGGAUUCUCUCAAUUUCAAAGACUUCUUUGGGUGGGUGAGAGAAGAGAAAGGAUUACUUCAGUCUCUGGCAAGCAGUUCCAGUUUUUAUUCAGUACCUGGCCCUGGCAGUGCUGAACUGCUCUCUGCGCAGGGAGAAGGAUGUGAGCGGUGCUGGACAAGCUGGUGGCACGUGUGUGUCUUGUGACCCUACACAAGUUUUCUGCCCCCAUCUGAAUUAAGUUGAGAUUUCAGGCUUGUGGCUAGACUGAGCCUCAACUGGGUAUGCUUAGUAAGAUGGUAUGCUUAGUAAGAUGUCUACAUGCUUGCCAGUCAAGGGAGAGUAAACAUGGUCUGGCAGCUGGUGCCUCUGCACCCUCUCUUGUUCCUUAUCCUCCUGCCUGUUCCAAUAGGACAUGGUGCUCCUGGCCUCCCAAGGAGAGCCAUCUCCAUGCAGGUCCUUGCAGAGCUGCCGAGGGAGUCACGAGGCUUCCAGGUGGUGCUCGUGUGCUUGGAGAAGCGGCUGCAGGGAGCUGUUCUGGAAGCAACCGAGUGCCAGGGCGUAGCGAGGCGUGUUGGCUGAAAUAGCUCUGCCACAGCAGGCAGUCGGCCUGCCUGCUUUUGGCAACAAGGUCUGCUUGGAGCCAAAUCUUGUCUAUGUGUGUGUCAUUUUGUCUCUUUUAAUACACUGCCCUGACUUGCUUGCUGUGAAGGGAGUAUGCAUCUGGAGAUUAAAGUUGCCCUUAACUUCAUCAUCUCAUACCUGUACAACAAGCUUCCUCGGAGGCGGGCAGACCUGUUCGGUGAGGAGCUAGAGCGCCUGCUGAAGAAGAAAUAUGAGGGUCACUGGUACCCAGAGAAGCCUCUGAAGGGCUCAGGCUACCGCUGCGUUCAUAUUGGAGAGACGGUGGACCCGGUAGUGGAGCUGGCGGCCAAGCGGAGUGGGCUGGCUGUGGAGGAUGUGCGUGCCAACGUGCCGGAAGAACUGAGCGUCUGGAUCGAUCCUUUCGAGGUCUCCUACCAGAUCGGUGAGAAGGGCUCCGUAAAGGUCCUCUACCUGGAUGACAGCGAGGGCUGCAGCGCUGCUGAGCUGGACAAAGAAAUCAAAAGCAGCUUCAACCCUGACGCCCAGGUAUUUGUCCCCAUUGGCAGCCAGGACAACUCGCUGUCCAACUCUCCAUCCCCCUCUUUCGGCCAGUCACCGAGCCCCACCUUCAUCCCUCGCUCUGCCCAGCCCAUCACCUUCACCACUGCCACAUUUGCUGCCACUAAAUUUGGCUCCACCAAGAUGAAGAAGGGCGGAGGGGCCGGAGGAGGGGGUGGCGGCGCAGGGGCCACGCAGCAACCGCGGAUGGUCAGGUCACCCACUACCAACCUGCUGAAGCACAAGGGCCUCUCCCUGUCCAUGCACUCUCUGAACUUCGUCGGGAGCGCUGGGAGCCAAGCCCCGCAGUCGCAGCUCUCCCCUAAUGCCAAGGAGUUCGUUUACAGCGGCGGCUCGCCAGGGGCCAGCAGCCUAUUCUUCGACAGUGUUGCCAGUGAGAGCCAGGCCAGCAUCCCUCCAGCGUCGCAGUUCAAUGCUGGCACGGGCAGCACCUUUGAUAUGGCUCAGGUCUUCGGCGGCAGCACCAACAACCUCUUCUUGGAGAAGUCUCCCUUUGUGGAAGGACUCAGCUACAACCUGAACGCCAUGCAGUAUCCCAGCCAGUCCUUCCAGCCCGUUGUCCUGGCCAACUGAACGCAGGGAAGGAGAGUAUUGGGGGCAGGGGAGGGAGGGGGGGAACAACAACAACAACAACAAAACACACGGGGAGAGAAAACAGAAAUAUACAGAAAAUAUUCAAAUCUUAUAAAUAUAGCUUCUUGGAAAAAGAGAGAACCCAGUGUUGUUGCGCUGUGCUGGCAACGCUCCUGAAGCACUGACUUGUUUUUUUUAAAUUCAGUCCCUGUGCUUUUUCUCCUACUCACUUUUUUACUCUUUAAAUGAGUCUCUGGUCUCUUGGGUUGUGUUCCCCCUUCCCCAGCCCCAGAUCGGCACAGGUGUAGGUCACAGUGCUCCCUUUUCACUCCCACCUGGCUGUAGGAGGGGCAGGCAGGAUGAGGUGGGCUUGCUUUGCUGUUACUGCUGUGUGUGUGGGAGGAGAGCAUCUCAUGUGCCUGGAGGUUCACACUGCUGCACUGCUGUUGCUCCAGGCUAGCAUCCAGUUCUGUCUGUGCUGAGAAGCAUCUGCUGUCCCCUCUCAUCUCCAGCUAUGGGAGAACAGCAGUCCCCUUUGUGCACCCAUCAGGAGGCUUUUCUGUGCCCUUCUGGGGUUGGUUCAGAGGAUAGCCCUGCAGCAUAGAAGCACUGCAGGUCUGUCCCUGUGUGAGGAGGUGGUGCUGAGCUGUUGGAUCCUGUCCCUUCCUGGUGGACACCCUACCUGCAGGGCUGAGCAUUCACUCAUGAUCCUUUGGUCCUAGGUUUUGAGCUCUUGUUGCCGGCUGUGGAUUUGCCUUCAUCUUGGAGAGGGGAUUUUUUUUUUAGUAGUUAGAGGCAGCACUAUUUUGGAGAAGAAAAAGGGCUAUGUUGUUGAAGCUGCUGUCUUGAGCGGUGGUAAGUGGUCUACAGGUCACUUCUGUGCCAGGGUCUGGGCCCCCAGGUGGGGCUGGAGGACCCUUAGGUGUGAAGGAGCCUCUUUGGAGGCUGUGGUGGGAGCGCGGAAGAGUGCGGAGAGGAGAGAAGCAGUCAUGAGACUCCAGUUUUUGACGUUUAAAAGAAAAGUGAGCUUUUUGCUGCCUGCCGGGCUGGGGGUUUCGUUCUCUUGAAACGGUGUCUCUGGAGCACACUCUGAAACCCACUUCUGUGGCUGCUGUACCAUUGUGCUCCUUCAGGACAUCCCCGUUCAGGGAGGUGGUCUGCAGCUUGUGCUUUUUCCCUCUCCUUGACCCAAGAUGAAGGCGUGCCAGCCCUCCUGUUGUUGCCAGUGAGCCUUUGCAGAGGCAACGGGAUAGGUGUGGGGUGCCAUUGCUGCCACAACCCUGAGGAGCAUUUCCAUCCUGGCGGGGCAGGCCCCCAGCAGGCUGCUUGCUGCCAUCGGGCUAUGACCGGCACGGCGGGCCGGGCUCACUUGGCUUCUCCUAAAAUGGCGUCCGUAGCUCAGCCCUGCGGGUUUCCAGGCUAGAGCAAGCUGCUCAGGAACAGCUGAGCCAUCUGCAUCUUUCUUUGCCUAUUCUCUUUGGUUUUUAACCUACUUACGGAUGUUACCACUGCCACCCUCUCCCUGGGAGCGCACUACUGACUGCCAGGCCCCCGCUCGUGGGACCCGCCUGUCCCCAGUGCUGGCAGUGCCACCUGCCAGUCGCUGCCGCGGGACAGCAGACCCCUUUGGGGAGAGGCAGGGAGCCCCGGCCCUGUGCGUGUGAAGCUUCGAUGCCGCUUUGCCCCCACAGCCACGUUGGGAACCGUGGUGCGAGGGGAGGGAGGGACCAAGCUCUGUUUUAAACAAGUGUGCUUCAGAAGCGUUCCCCCGGUGUCAGGCAGCGAUGGAAACUAGCAGCCUUUUCAGGGCUUUUCUAGUCUUGGAUGUAGGCGUUCAGCUUCAAUUUUAUUUUUUAAAACCUGCACUAAUUUACCUGGUUUCUUAGGGAGAGAAGAGAGAAAUUUUUUUUUUUUUUAACUUUUAUUUUUUAUGGGUUUGUGUUCUUUUUGUUGAUGUCCGUUUGUAUUGAAUAAUUUGCUACAUUUGUAAAAUGCAAGAGGUAUAUAUAAUAUAUGUAUAUUUCUAACGUAAAAAAAAAAAAAAGAAAAAUUGUAAUUUUUUUCUUUUCAAGAUUUUUUCUUAAAAAGAGGAGAGAGAAAAAUAUUUUUUCAGGAAAAAAAAAACCUUAAAAAACAAACAAAAAAAAAAAGGCAGUGAAGAUUCCUUUCUCCCCUGCUCAGCCUCCUCCUGUCCCUCCCACCCCACUGCCAGCAGUGAAUGGGAAGUUGCCCUGUGGAGAAUGAAUGAAUGGAAGGAGGUCCAUGCUGCUCUGGGUGGAGGAUCUGUGUGUGCUUUGGCGGUUCCUUUCUGAGACAGGGGGGGCUUUGAAGGGGGGGAAUUUGGGGGACUGAUGGCUUUUUUUUUUUUUUUUUUUUUCUUUUUCCAUUUUUUUUUCUUUUUUUUUUUCUUUUCUUUUUCUGUAGCGAAGGAGGAAUACAAUCAGAGUUUUGUAUUCAGAAUGUUGUGCAAUAUUUUGGAACGGGACAUUGGCGUGUCUAGAGAUUUAGUUAAAAAACAAACAAACAACAAAAAAAAAAAAGGUUGA